AUGGCUCCCAUUACCUUUUUUCAAAGCAUUUGUAAAAAACGCUGGUUUUUUUGCUGGUUUGGAUUACCAGCAAGCGGUUUUUUGGAGGAAAAACCAGCAAAAACCAGCAUGCUGGUACCAGCAAUGAGCAACCCUACUUUCAAGGGCGCAAACUUGGCGCAAAACUCUCCUUUUCAAAAAGAAUCUAUAAAAGAAUAUCUUAAGAUACUUAUUUAA